CCUCCUCCGGCGACCACUCGACGAUCUCAUCUCAGUCAGCGACUCACUCUCACGGUCUCACCUUCUCACGGGCCCCACCUUCUCCAGCACCGGAGCACCAAAUCUCCGGCUAGUCGGCUUUCUCCAAAGCUCUCCGCCACCGCCACCGUCGCCAUUCUCUGUUGGGCUUGGCCCGCAACAGAGAGGGAAAAGCAAAAACGUGAGGAUGAAGACAUUUGGGCUUAUUCUCAUAUGGAUCAUAUUUCCUAUAGUCUUGGUGGCUCUUAGUGCAAUUACAAUUGCAAUAUUAGCAAUGAGUCAACCUAUCCAACAUAAUGUGCAUGCUUCUUUUGAUGAUACACAGAGAGUUUUAAUCGAACAUGUUCAAGAUAGGAUGCAACUUUUGCUUCAGGCAAAUACUUCUCUUUAUAAUCUAGCGAGGCUUCUUAGCUCCACUGGUGAUGUGAAUAUACCAUCGACUUCUAUUAGUGAGAGCAAGGUCUUUCCUAACCUAUUUAUGGUGUACACAUUGUUCUCAUGGGUGUCUCAGAUAUCAUAUAUUACAGAUGAUGACUCCAUGUUCUCGUACUACCAUGAAAGGAAUCAGACGUAUGCUAUAUUCUCAAACAUUUCAAAUCUUGUAAAUGGUCUUUCUGGAAAUAAUUUAUAUCGUCAACAAGUUAAUGAGACUAAUGGUGAGAGAUUUGGUAAUGCAACUGUCUUACCUCCUAUACAACUCAAUGAAUCUCAUUCGAGGGGAUAUGUUUCUUGGGGAUUUGGAUGGGGAAUGGAUAAAGAACAAAUGCUCUUUUUAAAAGCCCCAGUAGAUAAUAAUGGAGUGGCUUCACUUGGUAUUGGAGUUAAAAAAUUCAUUGCUUAUAUACUCGAAAUUAAUCUUCAUGGAGCACACUUAUACUUAUCAACACAAGAUGGGCACUCUUUAGCACAAACUGGGCCUCCCGAUGCUCAAUACAUUGUCAAAGAUGACAUUGUCUCAGUUUAUGAGGAUCAAAAUUUGUCCUCUGGUGAAUAUGUCAAUAUUUCUUGCAAAAUGGACAGUAAUGGACCCAUGGAUUCUAAAAUUUUAGAUAUAUGGGGCAAGAGUUACAAGUUGGGUUGUGCUUCUUUUGAUGUUGCAGGGAUUCAAUUGGUAACUGUGGUUGCUUUCCCUUUCGAAAAUAUUAGAUAUAUCUUUCGAGCUUUGAAGAUCAUUAUUAUAUUGUUACAAUCAACUACGAUUCUUGCCUUAAUAUUUGCAAGCUAUUUUAUAUUGCAAGUAUUCCGAAGAUCAUGGAAACAAGAGGCAUUUCUACAGGCAAACCUCAUUAGACUAAAAGAUGCGGUUCAACAAGCAGAGAGAAAAAGUAUGAAUAAGAGCUUAGCAUUUGCUAGCGCUAGUCACGAUGUUCGCACUUCUCUUGCAGGAAUCAGUGGGUUAAUCGAACUUUGUCGUGAUGAUGUUCCUCCACAAUCUGAGUUGGAUAUGAACUUGACCCAAAUGAAUGCUUGUGCGUCUAAGCUUCUAGAAAUAUUAAAUUCUAUUCUUGAUAUGAGCAAAGUGGAAGCUGGAAAGAUGCAAUUGGAAGAGGUAGAAUUUGAUAUGACUCAAGUUCUUGAAGAAUCAGUUGACAUGUUUCAUGUUGUAGCUCUAAAGAAAGGCCUGGAGGUUAUAUGGGAUCCCUGUGAUUUUUCUGUCCUGAAGUCAUUAAAUGUCAAAGGUGAUUGUAGGAGACUUAAGCAAAUUCUUGAUAAUUUACUUGGUAAUGCAGUGAAAUUCACAUCGAAGGGCCAUGUAAUUUUGCGUGCAUGGGCUAAGAAACCGAGCUUAGGAAAUUCUGUACAUUCUUCAAAACAAUCAUAUCGAUUUCCUAAGUUUGCUUGCUCUAAGUUGAGAUGGUUCAAAAAAGAUGAUGCUUAUUCUGAUGUGAUGACUAUUAAUACUUCUCUACAUGAUUCAAAUAUGAUUGAGUUUGUUUUUGAGGUUGAGGACAGUGGAUUGGGAAUACCAAAGGAAAAAAGAGCAUCUAUUUUUGAAAAUUAUGUUCAAGUUAAAGAAUUAUCUCCUGGAGGACAUGAAGGGACUGGUUUAGGUCUUGGAAUUGUUCAAUCAUUCGUACGUUUAAUGGGGGGCGAGAUCAGCAUUGAAGAUAAAGAACAUGGUGAAGAAGGAACUUGUUUCAGAUUUAAUAUUUUUCUAAAAUCUUGUGAGAUGGCCUUUAGUCAUACCGAAGAAGAAAAUAAGUAUUCACACAACCAAGAAGCAUCAAACCAACCAACUCUUCGAGCUAUGGCAUUUAGAAAGCCUUUUAAAAUGGAAGGAGUUCAUUCCUUACUAUUAAUUGAAAGUAAUGAGACGAAAAGAAUUCUGCAAAGAUGGAUGGAAAAUAUUGGAAUGAAGGUUUGGAUAGUUCAAAAUUGGGAACUUCUGUAUCCCAUGCUUGAAAAAUGUAAACUUACCGAUAGCGGUUCUGGAAAAUUUGAUGCAUUAUCGCGAGGGAAUUCUCUAAAUAAAGUCAAAUCUUUGGAUAUAGUGAAAGAUAUGUCUCGUAGUCCUACAGAUGAGACAAACCACAUUCUACCUCUAAGCACAAAGCAAACAUCUCGAAGAAGAUCCAGAGAUUCCUGUACUCUCAUUUUGGCUGUCAUUGAUAUUAAUUGUGGAGAUUUCUCAAAUAUAUGCUCAAUAUUGAACAAUUUUUCAAAAGAUAAUCAAAGAACUCAGUUGAAGACUGUUUGGUUGGUGAAUGCAAAUACACAAAGUGCUGAAUUGAGAAGAUUAAAACAAAAAUCAUAUGAUCUUAUAUUGAGAAAACCAAUUCAUGGUUCUCGGUUGUAUGAAAUGUCGAGGUUGAUGCAAGAUCUUGUAGGAAGAAGCGAAAUUCAUCCAUCUACAUCAAGAUCCCAAGAUACAACACAUAUUUCACACAUUCCUCCUCUAGCUUCACAAUCAAUACCAAGUGUCCAUAAAUUGGACAUUGAAAAGCCUUUAGCUGAUAUGAAAAUUUUAUUGGUUGAAGAUAAUAUUUUAAUGCGACGCAUUGCUUCAUCCACCUUGUCCCGAUUUGGUGCAAUGGUUGAAUUUGCUGAAAAUGGACUUGAAGCUUUAAACUUGAUCAAAAAGGCUCUAAAAGAGGAUGAUGAUUAUAAUGAAAGCAAUAGAGGAGGUGCUUUAAAGUCAUUUCCUUACGAUGUUGUUCUUAUGGAUUGUGAGAUGCCAAUUAUGAAUGGCUAUGAAGCAACUAAAAAAAUUAGGGAAGAGGAGAAAUUUUAUGGCAUUCACAUUCCAAUCGUAGCUCUCACAGCUCAUGCAACAUCUGAGGAAGAAAAAAAGGCAAUCCUUUCAGGAAUGGAUUCAUAUUUGACAAAACCAAUAAAUGCGGAACGUGUAAUAGAAGCAAUUCGACUUAUUCGUCAAAAUUGAAAAUCAAUACAAGUUUAGUCUCAUUGUGGUGCUAGAAACAUGACUUGUAGUCUCUCUAGGCUUACUUGAGCUUGAUUAUUAAUUUGAAGGCUACCUUAAGAGUCAAAAUUCACAUGCCUCAGAAGUCAGAUGAGUUGGCUAUACAAGCAUCAGAACAAUGGCCUGGCUUACAGAGAACUGUGUAAAACCUAUACUGAGCAGUUUUCUCAUCAUGUUCUCAUGUUUGUAAACAAUAUGAAACUUUCUGUCUUUACAUGUAAACUUGCAGUAAAUGCAGAUGCUGAUGUUGUAACUGAGACUAUGAGUCUUUGUUAGGAUCACCUGAUAAUCGAGAAGAGUCGAUACUUUUAGCUUUUCAAUC